AUGACACAGCACAGUUUUGUUCUGAACGCCAAACGAGGUGAAAUUCCAUAUGCCUCAGUACUGGCAAUGGCAGCAGGGGGCUUCAACCCAGAAUUGUCCGUCUCCUUCAGUAAUGGCACACAACCUGGAAUAAACAUACUGCCCCAAAGGAUUGAGGUUUCGAUUGAUGAGGUGCUUACAUUAUGUGAACGGGUCGUGGACGGAUUUUUGCGUGACGAGGAAGUGCUGUUUAGAGUUAAAAUGAGCGAAUCCGGCACUAUCUUUGAAAAGCGAAUAACCGCUGCAGAUGUUGCUCUCUGGAGUCUCAUAGCUAAAAGUCCAUCUUUGCAAGAGAAAUAUCCUGGCCUCUUCGAUGCUGUGCUGAAAGAUAGUCGGUUUACUCCUGCUCACAUGAUGGUUGGGAAGUUUUUCGACGAGAUUGGAAAGCCUCAAUUAAAAGGGAAACAGAAAGAUGAGGGAAAAUUUGUUGAGCUCCCUGGCGCCGAGAAGGGGAAAGUGGUCGUGCGAUUUCCACCGGAAGCUAGCGGAUAUCUACAUAUUGGUCAUGCCAAAGCAGCUUUGUUGAAUCAAUAUUAUCAGCAAACGUUUGAAGGGGAAUUGAUCAUGAGAUUUGAUGAUACUAACCCUGCCAAAGAGAAUGUGCAUUUCGAGAAGGUUAUCAAAGAAGAUCUGACCUUGUUAAAUGUCAUUCCUCAACGCUGGACGCACUCCUCGGACUAUUUCGAAGUAAUGAUGGAUAUGUGUGAACGACUGCUGGUGGAAGGAAAAGCAUAUGUCGAUGAUACCGAUAUGGAAACUAUGCGUAAAGAACGCGAGGAGCGCAUCGCGAGCAAGAAUCGAUGCUCUUCUCCAGAAACGAAUGUUGAUUUAUGGGAAGAGAUGAAGAGGGGCUCAGAAAGGGGUAUGCAGUGUUGUGUCCGUAUCAAGAUCGAUUUUAAAUCCCCUAACGGCGCAUUAAGGGAUCCAACGAUUUAUAGAUGCAAACCCGAGGAUCAUGUCCGGACGGGAGUAAAAUAUAAGGUUUAUCCAACAUACGAUUUUGCUUGUCCCAUCGUCGACAGUUUGGAAGGUGUGACACACGCACUUCGUACUACUGAGUACCAUGAUAGGGAUGACCAAUACUAUUUCAUUUGUGACUCUCUUGGUCUGCGUAAACCUCAUAUUUGGUCGUAUUCUCGUCUCAAUAUGACAAAUACAGUAAUGAGUAAACGGAAGCUAACAUGGUUUGUCGACCAAGGACUGGUGGAAGGGUGGGAUGAUCCACGACUUCCCACGGUUCGCGGUGUAAUGCGUCAUGGAAUGACUGUCGAAGGUCUGCGCCAGUUCAUUAUCGCCCAGGGUGGCUCGAGAUCAGUUGUUAUGAUGGAGUGGGACAAGAUAUGGUCGUUCAACAAGAAAGUAAUUGACCCUAUCGCACCAAGGUACACCGCUCUUGAAUCCACAUCGCUAGUGCCUGUUUACAUUUCCACUCCUGUUAUUGUGGAGGAGGUGCACGUUCCUCUCCAUCCAAAGAAUUCUGAUGUUGGGAAGAAGACAAUUUGGCGCAGCUCGAAUUUGUUGGUUGAACAAAUUGACGCACUCGAGAUGAAAUCCGGCGAUACGGUUACAUUCGUCAACUGGGGAAACAUAAACAUCGUCUCAAUUGAAAGGACAGAGGUUGCUGUAAAGCAAAUACAUGCAGUACUUGAUCUUGCCAAUCAGCAUUUUACCAAAAUGUUGGGUGAACCUGCCUUGCGAAAUGUGAAGAAAGGUGACAUAAUUCAAAUUCAACGAAAAGGUUUCUACAUUUGCGACCAUGCCUACCAAGAAAAGAGCGAAUACAGCGGUGUUGAGUCGCCUCUUUUGCUUAUUUACAUUCCUGAUGGACACGUCAAGGAUGUCAGUAGUAGGGUCAAACAGGAAAAGAAUGCUCAAAUCUGUGGAGCCAAGCAGCCACUUGUCGACUCAUCGUUAUCUUCGUGCAAGUCUUCCGAAAUCUAUGCCCUUUAUGAAGAAAUCCAGGCUCAAGGAGAACUUGUUAGGACUGAAAAGGCAAAGAGUGCUAAAUCAGAGGCGUCGAUCGCUGCGAUUGCUAAGCUGCUUGAGCUGAAGAAAGUUUAUAAAGAGAGGACUGGUCAGGAGUAUAAACCAGGUCAAGCACCUGUUCCUACCUCACCGUUACCUUCAUCAAAUAAUUUGUCCGAAGCCUUAAGACUUUAUGAGGAAAUUCAAGCCCAGGGAGAACUUGUUAGGACUGAAAAGGCAAAGAAUGCGAAAUCGGAGGUGUCGAUGGCUGCAAUUGCCAAACUGCUUGAGCUGAAAAAACUUUACAAAGAGAAGACUGGUCAGGAGUAUAAAGCGGGCCAACCACCAAGUUCCUUCUAA